AUGGAGACGCUUCUAAUGUCAUUUGAUUUAAUGCUUAAAUGGUUUUCUGUAGCUGCGGAAAACUUUUCUCGUUCAUUUUGUUUAAUGGACUUUCAUGCUAAAGUGGCAUGUAGAGCACAUAUUGGCUUCGUCAAGAACGAUUCGAUGGAAAGCGACGAGAAAAUUUGUAAAGCUAUUUAA